UCAGCCAGUAGAGAGCCCUCGCAUUCAGCUAGUCGACGACCAAACGUCACCACAGCUCCUGGCUGUAGGAGACGAUUCCCUUGCGCUAAACAUGUCUUCAGAGAACUAGAAGCCGAUGGUGCCUCUGGUCGAAGUACAAUGAUUUCGUUCGCUUCUUUCCGAGCUGUGCAGAACUGCGUGGUCGACGUCUGCCAAGCGUGCAACCUGGAAGGGUUAGUUUUUUUUCAGAAUUCUCAAAAGCCUAACACAGUGUAGAAUGAUUUCGUUCGCGUCGUUGCAAGCUGUGCAGAACUGCGUUGUCGAAGUCUGCCAAGCGUGCAAUCCGGAAGUCCUUCCGCUCUCCGACAUCUCUUUCUUCCUCACUCGAGGCCCCGUUCUCAUCGUUUCUUUCGUUUUGGAAGAGCUUAGCUCGGAUUUAAGAUCGUUCUUCGCCUCAAGACGUGGGCACGUUGAAUAAGAAAGCAGUUCUUUCUGGGAAUUGCAUGUCCUAUUGGUGCUGCUGACGAAGUCAUGCGAAAGAGGCACAUAUAUUCGUCUGUGUUUGCUUGAACAGAGGUAUCCCUCAAUUCUACUUCUCUAACUAAUUCCCUAACCCAUUCGCGUCAAUCUCUCUCACACGACGCGCAUAGAAUUCAACAAUUCCUGGCUGUUCCGUUCUAUCAUGCCUGCCGUUCUAUCAAGCAUUGUCUGGCUGGUGGUCUAUGGCGCGGAUUUCGGGGCUGGGCGUUGAGAUGUGAAGGGUUGCUAGACCUGAGGGUUUAUUCCAUACGCUAGACCUGAAGUGCAAUACUGUACCCUGAAAAUAUCCAAUACAGUAAAUGUUUUGCAGGUGAGGGGUACUGUAUUCCCCAGGUUCGCUUCGUCUCUGGCACAGUAUUGCUGCACUGUACUCGAUCAGAUUCCCCAAAGUCCCCCACAACGACGUGGCAAUCUACACCGCAAUAUCUUUCCUGGGCAGCUUCGUCAAGGGCAACCUUUUUUCACACCUCGCUUCUGCUUUCGGUUCUCCCAAUUUUGACGAGAAAAGGAGACUUUAAGCCAGACUUCCUCCUGUCAUCUUCAAUCAACCCCUUCCCGUCCCGGCCUUUUUGCAUCCUCUUCCUUGUCGACAUUUCGUCGUUUCCGCUGUAGCUUAUCUUCCGGGCCUUUCUGAUAGCCCACGGCAAACGUUUCCUCUACUCGCCAAGCGAUCUUAUCGUUUCUCUUCAAGAAAAUGGCUAAGCACAGGGAUAGGGACACCCCAACGAGGCACGUCCAUCCGCCACGUGUCCUCAGCUCCGCCAAUCACGACACGGACAACGAGUCGGGCGGCGCCGGCGCCGCCGCAUCCGGCGGCAGCGGAUUCGGGCGGCACAGGCCUCCGCGAGACGCGGGGGGAGAAAGAGUGCGGUUCAGAUCGGUUCAGGGUGAAGGCGAGCGGGACAGAGAACGGGACAGAGAGAGAGACAGAGAGCGGGAGAAGGCCGGAGAAAGGGAGAAGGAUCGAGAUAGGGAUAGGGAGCGAGAGCGGGAGAAGGGACACAAGGGUGGUAGGGCGGCGGACAAGGGGACGAGCGAGGGAGGAAUAAGCGACAGCGAGAGGGGAGGGCGAGACGCGAGAUGGGAGGAGAGAGGGGAGGAAUCUCAGAGCCCGAGCAUGGGGGAUGGCGCCGCGAUUGGCGGCGAGAAGGACGGGCAUGCGGGCGGCUCGGGCGUUCCCAGCGCGGAGAGGUCGCGGCGGCUGGUCAGGCCGCGAUUGGUCGGGCAGAUUGGGCGAGAUGGACGGUCGAGAUUCAACAAGUCCAAGGAUGCAGGCAACGGCACAAUGCAGGUCAACGAGCCUCCGCCACUCUUCCCAUACCGGGAGGGGGAAGGUAUGCCGGACCUGGCUAAGCUGCUCCGAGACAGUGACUGCCUCUUAGACUGCCCUCCUGUCUCCCACGAGCCACCUGCUGCGGUUGGCUCUGGUGCUGCUGGUGCUGAGGUUGCGAGUGGUGGGAAAGAUGGGGUUGGGAGUGAAGGAGAGGGAGGAGGCGACAAGGAGGCGGCCAAAGGAGGGAAGGACGACCCUAUGGACCAUGACGCGCCUGCAGCUGCUGCCGCUGCUGGUGAUGUUUCUGUUGCUGGUGCGGAUGGGGGUGGCUCUGCUGCUGCUGGUCUUGCUCCUGCAUCAGCAACAGCAGCAGCAGCAGCAGCAGGCUUGCCAGCAGCGUAUCAGCAGCACCCAGCAGUGGAGCUCUCCGUGCCGCCCGAAUCCGUCACCACUGCCAACCGCCAGGUGCGGUCGCGGCAGCUGUGGGGCACGGACGUAUACACAGACGACUCGGACAUAGUGGCAGUGCUUAUGCACGUGGGGUACAUCACACCCGUGUCGGUGCCUCCUCCGGCGUCCAUUGCCGAGCUCCGAGCCACCAUCCGCGUGCUUCCGCCCCAGCCUUUCUACCGCUCUUCAUCGCGCAACAGCAUGAGGUCACGGGCAUGGGGGUCAGGCAAGGGGGCAUGCAGCUAUGCAGUAGAAAGCUGCAAAAUCAUCAAGCAAGACGGCACCAGCAUCGACCUGGAAGCUUCCUCGGCGCGCACGCCCCCUGUGGGCCCCACUCUCGUUCCUGCAGCUGUAGAGCGCACCAUGACCACUCGCGCCUCCUCCUCUGUGCGGAAUGCUCACAGACACCAGCGCUUUGUGCAAGAGGUCACUCUACAGUACAACCUCUGUAACGAGCCGUGGCUCAAAUACUCGAUGGCAAUCAUUGCAGACCACGGGCUGAAGCAGCCUCAAUACACUUCUGCUCGGCUGAAGAGAGCCGAAGUGCUUUACCUCGAAACAGCCACUCAGCGGUUUGAGUUGAGCUACGAGCCUGUAUCCGCUCGCAAGGUCUUUCACUCCGUCGCUCUUCUCAAGGCCCAGCAGCAGAACGCACAGCCACUCGCUCUGCCACUUGAUGCUGCUGCUGGUGCUGCUGGUGAUAAAGCUGCUGCCGCUGGUGCUGCUGGCGCUGCUGCUGGUGUUGGUGGUGCCGCAAGGGAGGGAGGUGUGGAAGACAGGAUUGCUAAGGAGGGGCAGGGAGAGGGAGGGGGGAAGAGGAAGGAUGAAGAGAAAGGGACAGUAGAAGAGGGAGAGGGAGAUAAGGAGUCCGGUAAGGGAGGAGGAAAGGAAGGUGAGAAAGAGCAGAUUUCACAGAAAGGAGCGGCAAAAGGAAAAGAAGGUGGAGUAGAGAAAGAAGCAGCAGCAAAUGCAGAAGGUAAAGAGCAUUCCGAACAACCAAAGGCGCAUACAGGCAACACUGCAGCCGAUGCUGCAAACGCCACCACUCCCAACACCAACAGCAACACCACAAAUCCCUCGGCAGCAGCAGCAGCAGCAGGGGGAAAUCUGACUGGAUCAAAACGGAAUUUCUCCCUCAUCUCCUCUCCCCUGGUCAACACCAGCAUCAGACCUGAAGCCAACCAGCGCAUUCUAAGCCAUUGGCACAGCAGGUCCAAGGGGCCGAGGGACACUUAUCGGUGGACCCAGUGCGUUCCGCCUCUCCCCCUCGACCUGCUGCGCUCCCACGGCUGUCCUCUCCCUUCUGGCUUCACCAAGAUCCUGGAAUCGGGCCUGUCGUGGGACGAGGUGCAGUGGGCGCCGGGGGGCGUGUGGGUGCGCGGGCUGCACUAUCCCGUGGUCAGGGCCCACUUCAUGCCUCGCAAAUCCUUUUCUCGCUGAAUGCUUCUCCACUCGCUCGAUCUUUGAGGCGCCUCAGAAGGCGUGUGGGUGCGCGGGCUGCGCUAUCCUGUGGUCAGGGCUCGUUUCCAGGGCCAGUGAUUCAAGGGUAUUUCAUCCUGAUUACCCUUUGCCAACGGCCACUUUUUGGAGUAUACCCUGAUUUUGUAAGGGUAAAAAAGUGUUAUGGGGCCGAAUUUGCUCCUGGCACCCUUACAAAUCAGGGUGAAAUCGUCAUGCUACCCUGCUUGGUUUUGGGGCUCCCUUCUCUUUCUUAAUUCCUUCACCCUUCCUGGUGCUCUGGCUGGGAGGGAGCUGCAGGAGCUGCAAACAGGGUAGAAUUCUCAGCUGCUGGCCUAAAAGGAUUGAGCUGGCGGUAAUCGGUUACUACCGGUUCUUCAAUCGUGAUUGGCACUAAGCAUGUGGUGUACAGUUUGAAUUACACUACAUAGUUCACAGCACAAUCAGCCUGCUUCCAACCCCUUGAAUCCAACCCUUUGACCCUCCAAGUGGG